CCAUAUAAGGUGCGAUGACAUUGUUAUCAUCUCGGUCUUUAAUCCUUCCUAUCUUCGACCAUUGACUAGACAGAAAUCAUCACUGAAUUUGGCAUGGAAUUAAGUUUCAUAGAUUAGUUCCUCGCCCAACGUAAUGAGAUAACGUUAUCUUGAUAUGGUUGAAUUUUCACACCGCGAACGAUCCAGUUCGCAACAACCAUUCGUUCUUCGAACUUCGUGCAGCAUUUGCAUCGUCGAAAAAAAUUCAAGGUACACGUCAAACAUUCACAGUAAUGGACAAGGAACCGCCUCCUCCUGGAUUUAUCAACCAGCAGCCACCCCCAUAUUCUCCACCGAUGGGACAGACGACGGGAACCUCGGUACCGCUUUCUACGUUACCCCCGUAUACUGAACAACCCCAAUAUCAUCCUCACGGCGCAAACGUGACGUCACACGUCAUCACCCAGCAGCCAGGGACAACAGUUCAUGUCAUUACUAAUGUAUCCCCAUUUGGACCGGAACCAAUAACGAUGACUUGUUUCAAGUGCAAUCGCACGGUCAGCAGCGUAGUCAUUAAGCAGCCGACUACUAGAACGCACUUGUGGGCAUGCUUUUUAUGCAUGUUCGGCUGCUGGCCCUGCGCUCCUAUCGUCUACUGCACGGAAUCCUGUCUCGACACUGCACACUACUGUCCCAGCUGUAAAUCCUAUCAAGGAAAGUAUAUACGUUAAGUAACGACUGAGGAGGACAUUGAGAUCGAUGAUCAACGGACCC